GUUUAUUCUGUACAAUCCUUUAAACCCAUUCAGUUAAAGGGUGCUAAUAAUUCUGUAGUUAACUGUAAGCGUAUUCGGUGAAACUCAAACUGUUACUAGUUUCGUUUUUGUUUCCUUUCAGUCUCCGCCCCCAAAAAAUCCUGAACUUCAGAGGAACUAUACAAACACGGAAGGAGAAGAAACCUGUUUUAGGACAAGGUGGUCAACUUCGUCUGACUGGAAUCAUGAUUUUAACACUAAUAAUCACUAUAUUGUUCUGUUUCGGGUGUGUUUUUACAGAUGAAGUCCCUCCCCCUCAGAAUCCGAGAAUAAAAUCAGAGAAUCUUGGUCUUGUUUUGGAAUGGGAUCCACCACAGACAACUACCGGGAAAGACUUUAGAUAUACAGCUGAGUACAGAUCAUGGAAUUUGUUUAAUGCUUUUUGUGUGAACGUGUCAUCACUGAGCUGCGAUUUCACCAAUGUUGUCACCCCUUUUGGAACAUACACUCUUCGUGUACGGACAGAACUGAAUGGAAAAAGCUCUGUUUGGAUCGAAACUGAAUGCGAACCUUUGGAGAAAAUCACUGUUAUCGGUGCUCCAAAUGUGAGGCUGCAGAGCAGAAGAGGGAAAAUGGAGGUUGAAAUCACUAAUCCUGCCCUAAGGAAAAGCAGCCUUAAGGAUGUUUAUAUCAAAAUUUCAUAUCGUAUUCGUUAUUGGACCGAAGAAAAUUUGAAAAUGGAGGAGUUGGUGGACCAUAGCAGGAAUAUGCUUAUGAACCUUUUACCAGAAACACGUUACUGCAUGGAAGUGGAGAUCGUUUUGGAUCAUACAAAAAACAGCCUCCCGAGUAACAUAACCUGUGAAAUGAACACUGCCAGUGAUGAGGUGGAGUCAUGGCUGAUCGCAGUGGUGCUGUUGGUCAGUUUCCUGGUCACUAUGAUAACAGUCCUCCUGAUUUCCCUGGUUGUAUGGUUUGGUUACAGAGGAAUCAGAUUUCUGCACCCACAGGCCAAAUUACCUAAGCAUUUUAUACAGUACCUGACCGAGCGUCCCAGUUCUGCCAUACUGCUGGCCAUGCAGAACAGCGCUCAGCCCAAGGAGCUUUACCAUGAGUUCAGCAUCAUCACUGCUCAGGAAGUUCCUCCUGAAUCCAAGCAGAAAGAAAGCUCAAAACCAACUCAGCUUAAUGCACAUAUGAAGACUGUUCACUCUGAACAAGAAGACAAACAUGAAAGAUUGUAUUGUGAAAAUGCACUUCAGGAUGAGAGUCAGUCAGCAGAUGCAGUGAAGGAGCUUCUUCUGCAAUAACCUUUCUUAAGGUAUAUUCACUUUUAUAUUCAGAAGAACUUUUUCUAAUUGAAAACUUUUCAUAUCCAUUGUUAGCAUGCAGAGGAUCAAAACAAAACUGUUUACAAAGUUUUAUGCAUCCUUUAAAAAAAAUUCAAUUGGCCAGGGUUUUUAAGUUUGGCAAAAAUUAAUACUUCUCUUAUUCAGUAUUUAUAUGAGCUGUAAAUAUCCAUUUAUAUAAUCUCCACAUCCAGGGACACUUUUUUGCCAGGAAAAGUUUCUAAGUUUGGUUUUGUCUGCAUUGCACUGUCUGAUGAAAGUGGAGAAUUUGGAAAAGUGAGUAUAAUGUUUAGAGGAGUUCAUUUUUCAUAUCGCACUUUAUAAGAAAUGUACAUUUUUAUUUUGUUUUAAUACACUUCCAGUAAGACUACAUACAGUAUUGUUGAUCUGUUGCUAGGUCAAUUUAAAGCUAAUCUGCACUUAUCAGUUAUAAUAUUAUAGACAAUUUUGCAUAUAUAAUGUGAUUUUUAUGUAUGAUUGUUUGUUUUUCCAACACAGUUUGAAUAAUUAGCAUGUACUUCUAAGUAUAUUCAUGUUUCCUCUGUUGUUGUUGUUGAGAUUUUAUGUGUAGUGCUGAAUGAACAGCUAAGAUUUUAGGAUACUGACUUAUAGGUUUUACCAGUGCAGUCUUUUAGCAACACCCUUAACCCUCACCUGCUCAGCUAUAAAAAUGCUAGUACGUUUGGAUAAGAGUGUUUGCUAAACUGUUUGCUAAAUCCUGUAUAAUAGUGACAUUACUACUGCUUUGUUAAUGGAGUGUUGAUUAUUAAUGAGCUUGGCCUGUUGUAGAAUUGCAGGUCGACUUGUCUACACUUUGUUUUAUCAUGAAGCUCUUUGUAAAAUAAAGUGUGCAAAAUAAAUAAAUGAUUUUAAAGAAAUAAGAAAUGGUGGAGAAAGAUUUGUGACUAAUGUGUGCAGGAAUGUUUAAAGCCCAUUCAAACACACUCACGCAGUUUGUUUAGUUUGUACUCAACUGUAAUAUUUCCUAUUUUCCAAAAUAUAAAGAAAUAUACCUAAAAACGACAGUACUGACCUGGAUAAAGGUAGUAAAGAGGAAUCAGUGAGUGACGUCUAGUUUACACCAGGUGCUCUCAAGCAUCCAGUACACUUUUUUUUUUUUUGUCUCACUGGUUUUAUAUCUGAACACCUGCUCUUGGAAAAAUUUUUUGAAUUCUGUUGGAUCCCAGUCCUGUCCUUCUUUUAAUCAAAAAGGGUCUUUACCUUUUCUCACUUUUGUUCUUCAGCAGUGUGUUCACGGGUUAACUUUCCAAUGAUGAUAAAACAGUUGGAGCUAAAUUUUUAUGCUACUACAAAAUUUUUUAAGCUAAAUUUUUAUACUGAAACAAGUUUAUUAGUUUUGUAUUUAUGUAAUUAUGCAAGUUGUGUGCUCUGCCUAAUUAAACAGGAGGAGACAAAAUAAUUUCCAACAUUAACUUUAGCCGAACGUUAACCUGAUCUUAGCCAAAAUACGAAGAGAGGAUUACCAGAUAGCUUCUCCUACCAGUAGACCACCUCACUGAAAGGUGGUUAUUCCACAUAUAUGGUUCUUCCCCAAACUGUUAUACUAUCCAAUAGUAUAGAAUGUCUUUGUAUGUUGUAGCAUUACAAUUUCCCUUCACUGGAA